AUGCUGCUAUCAAAGGCGCGUAUGCGUCGCGUAGCCUCGCAUAACCUGCAUACGCUUCGUACGCGGCCCAUCUCUGAGAUCUCGGGCUCGUUAGGCGACUUGGGCACCCUGUUGCCGCUACUCAUAGCCAUGACCAUCAGCCAUUCGAUCCAUCUUCCAUCUACGCUGAUCUUCACUGGCUUGUCGAAUAUCCUGACUGGCCUGCUGUUUGGCAUACCCUUACCCGUACAGCCGAUGAAGGCGAUCGCUUCCAUAGCCAUCCUUCGCUCCUACACCAUGCAGGAAACAGCAGCAGCCGGCAUAGGCGUUUCGGCCGUUGUCAUGCUCAUGAGCGUGACAGGUCUUUUGAGCUGGGCCACUCGUAUAGUGCCCGUACCUGUCGUGAAGGGCAUACAAGUCGGCGCCGGGCUUUCACUCGUGAUCUCCGCGGGGGAGAAGCUGCUACGACCACUGAGCUGGAGCUCGCAUACACCCAACACGAGUGCUGUCGACAACUGGUUUUGGGCGCUUGGUGCAUUCUUCGCUCUUCUCGCGUGCACACGCGCUCCACGCGUCCCCUACGCCUUACUGGUCUUCAUACUCGGUAUCAUCCUCGCGACGGUCAACUCGCCGACCUACAUCCCGCCUGUACUUCGCCACAUUCCCAUUGCCGUUCCAUCAUGGCCUACGUUCAUCCGCAUCUUCUUCGACGCCUCGCUGGGCCAACUCCCGCUCACCACGCUCAACUCCAUCAUAGCCGUCUCGCAUCUAGCAGCAGAUCUCCUCCCGGAUGUCCCAACGCCCAGCGUCACGGAGAUUGGCAUCUCAGUCGCGUCGAUGAAUCUCAUCGGAUGCUGGUUUGGCGCGAUGCCUGCAUGCCGUGGAAGUGGAGGACUGGCCGCACAGCACCGCUUUGGCGCCCGUAGCGGCGCAUCGGUCGUGAUGCUCGGCCUCGCGAAGCUGCUUCUGGGCUUGGUGGGCGGAGAGGCAUUCGUCUCACUCCUCGCAAGCUUCCCCAAGUCCCUCUUAGGCGUGAUGGUCAUCGCGGCUGGAGUCGAGCUCGCAAAGGUUGGCGAAAGCUUGAAUGCGGGCGCGCGGGAUCUGUGGCAGGCGGCAGACGUUGAUGGCAAUGGUGAGUUGGGACGGAAGCCGCGGGAGCCGGACGAGGAAGAGCGACGCGAGCGCUGGUCGGUCAUGCUGGUCACCAUCGCCGGUUUGCUGGCGCUUAGGAACGAUGGAGUGGGCUUUGUCGCCGGAAUAUUAUGGCACUUGGGUUUGAAGGUUCAGAUACGAGGUCCUCGUCUCUGGCCCAGGCGGGGCGCUUCGGGAGAGGAGACGGAGAGUUUGCUUGCCUCAGAACGGUCACGCGAGCGGACAGAGGACGGCGAGAGAUUGUAA